AUGGCUAGAAAAUCUUCCAAAGAAACAUCAAAUUAUUUAAAACUUUUAAGUUUGAGACAAGUUGAUGAUAGAAUUUCAAAUAAAUUUCAAUCGAAAUUGCUUGUAAAUGACAGUUUUAUAAGCAGGUUGGGUUUAGAAAAGGAACUCGAAGGUCAUACAGGUUGUGUAAAUUGUUUAGAAUGGAAUGAAAGUGGAAGUAUUUUAGCAUCUGCUUCCGAUGAUGCUCGUUUUAUUUUAUGGAAUCCAUUUUGUCAUAAAAAAAUUCACAGUUAUGAAACUGGACAUCGUGGUAAUAUUUUCACGGUGAAAUUUUUAUCCAAAACAAAGGACAACUUCAUAGUUACAGGAGCUGGAGAUCGUAAAAUAAGAAUUCAUGAUGUGGAAGUUAAAGAAACUUUAUUAGUAUGUAACUGCCAUGAUGGAAGAGUUAAAAGAAUAGCCACAGCACCUAGUAUUCCAUUUUUAUUUUGGAGUGCCGCUGAAGAUGGAACCAUCAUGCAAUUUGACUUGCGGGCUCCCCAUUCUUGUAUAACUCCGAGCACUAAUGUUUUAAUAAAUUUUGGUCCGCAUUUAGGUCGUUUUGCGGAAGCCAAAUGCAUAGCAAUAAAUCCAGAUGUUCCUGAGGGAUAUUCGAAAUGGCCGUGGCGAUCAUUAACGGAUUUACCAAUUGGCUGUGUACAGUAUUUUGUCGCCGGUCAUUUGCCCGUUAAAGAACAUUGUUCUAAAGAAAAAUACAAAAAAUUGGCGUCAACUUAUCUGACAUUUUCAAGUUGUGGCGGAGAACUUCUUGUUAAUCUCGGAGCAGAUCAAAUUUACUUAUUCGACAUUAACAAUAAAAGAAAAACAAAAAUUUACGAAAAAAAUUCCGAAGUUUGCGAACCAAAUGGUAGUAGUUGCAGUAAUGGAUUUUAUAAUUCUAUAAAACAAUCUAAUGGUUUGACUACUUCUAAACAAAUAAAUGGCGUGUCAUCAUCUCCGUCAUCUUCGUCAACGUCAUCAUCUCAUCCUCCUUCAAGUGUUGCCGAUCCGGAAAAAUUAGAAGCUUUGAAAAUGGAUGCUAAUAAUGCAUUUGAAGUCAGACGUUACACUUCUGCUAUAAAUUUGUAUAAUAAAGCCGUUAGUAUAUGUUCCGAUUGGGCAUUGCUAUACGGUAACAGAGCUGCUGCUUACAUGAAAAGAGGAUGGGACGGGGACAUGUACGCGGCGUUAAGGGAUUGCAACAUCACAUUACAAUUAGAUCCGAAUCAUAUGAAAGCCCAUUUUAGGCUUGCUAAAUGCUUAUUCGAAUUGCAAUUUUUUGAAGAAGCUUGCAAGUGCCUUGAAGAAUUUAAAAAUAAAUUUCCCGAUCAAGCUCAAAGUAGAGCUUAUAAAGCGUUAGACAUGGACAUUCAAUUAGUCAGACAAGGAAAACAAUCUCAAAACUCAUCCGUAGCCGUAGAAACUAUGUCGGUUCCAUUCAAUUCCGAAAAUCCAUAUGCGAAAUUAUGGGAUGAACAAUUUAGUAAUUACGCCACGCUAUCCGAACAAGAAAAAAUAUGGAGGAAUAAUGCUUGCGAUUACGAGACACGUUAUUGCGGUCAUUGUAACACGACAACCGAUAUAAAAGAAGCUAAUUUUUUUGGCAGCGAAGGACAAUACAUAAUUGCCGGAUCGGAUGAUGGUUCGUUUUUCAUUUGGGACCGAUACACGACAAACAUAAUACAAAUUUUACAAGGAGAUGGUUCGAUAGUUAAUUGUUUGCAACCUCAUCCGAGCUCGUGUCUUUUAGCCACAAGUGGAAUAGAUCCAGUCGUUAGAUUAUGGAGUCCCCGACCAGAGGAUGGGACGGUCAACGAAAGAGUCGUUUUAAAUUUGGAUGAUGCAGCAUCGGAAAAUCAAAAACGAAUGAAUGCAGAUCCAUUCGAAAGAGUUCUUUUAAACAUGGGAUUCCGAUUGGCUGCUGAUGCUGGAGAGGGUGACGAAGAAAGUUAUUGGUCCAUUAGAAAUUUAAAUCCAACAGCAACAACAGCAAAGUUUAAAAAUAUACUCCGUCAGAUCAGAAGAAGAAAAUAG